AUGUAAAGAUAUUCCCGGGUUCAAACCAUUUACUUUAUUACGAUGAUUAGUUUCGGUAGUAAAGGAAUCACACAACUUGUUACUGUUUGUCUUGUAUCUUCACGUCUGUAGUAUUACUUUUUGUAUUAUUCGUGUAUAAAUGCAAUUAUUGCUUCCUAUAAAAUACAUCCAAUUGCCUGAAAGGUUUGUACAGUAAUUUUCUGGAAAAAAUAAUUUUUACCAAAUUGGUGGUGCACUUCUAUGUUAUAGAGGACUAAAAUUUUUUUAGACAACCUCUCGAAAGAAAAUAUGUAGUAAUUGCUCUACUGCGGUGGGCAAUGCAUGUAAGCGAUGCUCCAACUGUGGACAGCUCAUUCCAAAGAGGCCUUCUUCCGUGUCAAUACCACAAUAUUCGACCACGACAAGACAGAAAAUGCUGCUGAUGAAAAGGGCUCAGACUCUUCAUCAGAACCACGGUUAUCAUGUGGUGGUAAUGUAUUAUCACCCAUCAACCACUGGAGGUCCAACCGUCUGGGAUUAUGCUGCAACUCCUGGCUUGGCGACAGAUUUUAUUAGCAGCAGUGGUGUAAUUGGAAAAUCAGCCAGAAACUUGUUUCAAACCGGGAUGAAGAAGUUAUGGCAAGAUAGAAAUGAAGAUAGUCAAUCUACAGAUCUUUCAACUACGAAUACUAUCCCUGCCUCUACUAUCCCUGCCUCUACUUCCCCUCCCGUGUCGUUUUCUGUUUCUCCUUCUUUUUCAGCAUCUUCAUCUGUAACUCUUUGUAGCUCUGUUACAACCUCUCUUCCAGUUAGUAGCGCUGCUUCAACAUUCAAUCCUAUACGCAAAGAUCUUCAUUUUAAUACGAUUUCCGCAACUUUCGAAUCUUCCUUCCUCUCUGCUGCUACAAAUACCAAUACAAAUGUCGUCACUGAUUCUUUUAGCACUAAUCCCACUCUGGCCUCUUCCAGUGGAUGUACCUCGAUCGGCAAUUCUUCAUCUGUUUCAACCUCUUCUUCCUCUUCUUCAAGCUCCUUCGUCGCUACAACAUCUGUGUCUACCAUAUCUAAAACGACUGCCCCAUCUGUAUGAAAAAUAUCUGUAGUCGCAGCCUAAUGAAAGAGCAUGAGAAAUACAACAAUAGAUUAAAUACUAAAUAUAUGUUCUACUUCAUAGAUCAUACACUCAUUCUUUCAUAAUUGCAUUAAAAAUAUUCCAAAAUAAAUAGAUUAGAAAAUAAAAUUUGCGAUAUGUCUUAGAACAAUUAGAGCUCAUUUAUUAUCUAAAAUAUUUAUGUAACACACGUACACGAUUUUAUUCAAGUGUUGUUCACGUAUUAAUCCCAAAAAUAAGAUGAUUUAAAAGUUUUUC